AUGUUGUCAAUCUGUGAUAGCAUUCCCUCAUUUGCCGCAUUCCCUCUGCAGAACACAACAUUAAUUGCGGUGGAGGGACUAACAAAAACUUCAAGCUUUGGUACUUGUACACCGACACUUCCUUAUGUUCCUCUCCGUUACAAAAGUCUAGGUGCCCCUCAAACUCCAACUGUAGCUCCAGAAACAGUUUAUAGCAAUGGGACCUCAGCUCGGAAAGAGAGGCAGAAGAAAUCGAAAAUUGAACUUCAAAAGUUGAGUGGAUCUUCCAUUUCAAAUGGAGAAUCUUUCACUUCAGUGGAACAGGAGGAUAUAUGCAAAAUUUGUUAUGACGGGUAUGAUGCAGAUGAGCCAAAAAUCUAUAGAAAUUGUCACCAUCAUUUUCACCGUAGAUGCAUUCGUUUAUGGAUGUCAAAGAAGAGAGCUUGUCCUGUGUGUACUCAGGAAGCGAUUAUCAACUCAGCUGCUUUAAAGAUACCAACUACUUAG